AUGCAGUGCCAAACUAGCCUCAUCUCUACUAAAGACGGCAUCACCGACACGACGCCGCGUGAGGUAGCACCGUUUCUUAAAAGCUUGCGUCGUAUGCUGCAGGACGAAAGCGCCGCGGUCCUGCGCUGGACACUCAACGGCCGCGCGUUUGAGAUUCACGAUAUGCACGAGAUGAUGGCGCAUGUGUUGCCAAAAUAUUUCAAGCACUGCAAGUAUACGAGUUUCCAGCGACAGCUCAAUUACUUUAACUUUCGUAAAUGGACCAAGUCAAAGGCCGUUGUCUGCACCUUUUCAAACGACUUCUUCUUGCGCGAUCAGCCUGAGCUUGCAUGGCAAAUCACGCGUAAAAAGUCGCUGAGUCCAUAUUCACUCACCAAGUACCACCGACCUGCUGCUACCAAAGCGUCGGUCAUGCCAUACUGGAAAAACGAACCCAGUACAGUUCUAUCGGCUCCUCCUUUGACCUUUGACAGCUCCUACAUGCUGCUGCCGGGCGACGCGAGAUGUCACUCGCCCUAUUUGUCCUUACCAUUUCCGGACACGGACCUGAUGCUCAAGCAGCACGAUGUCCGAUACGCACAGCAGGUUCGGCGCAGCUACGACUUCAAUUUGAUGGCACCAACUGAUGUAUACCCUGCUAUCAGAUGCAACGACGCAGUCGCAAUCGACAGCGUGGAGCAGCAGACUGAGCCACUCGACUGGAUCGACUGCCUGCUGCCACCGACGGACGAUACCUACAUGUGCAUGUACCCACCGCAAGUCGCGAUUACGCCCUGCACGACAAACUCGCUCAACAUGCGCAGAAGCUUCGAGUUUGUACCCUCCAGUCUGUGA